AUGGCCCUACAAGGCAGAGACUUGAUCCUUGCCGCCGUCACAUGCUUCAUCGCGUGGGGCUAUGCCGUCAGCUGGGUCCCAACUUUGCGGUGGAUGGGCUACGCCUUGGUCGGAGGAGUCGUCCUGACCAUCGCCGCCUUGUUCGCCCUUACACUGCUCACGUCGCGCGGAUUCAGACGCGGUUUGCGACAUCGAUCGCCCCGUCCAAAUGGCCCUGCAUUCCUUGCGCCCAAGGUCUGGGCUCGCGAGAUCGCCAGUCUCCAGGCGCGACAGGCCUACUCGAAAGUGCCCAUCGACCCUGAUUCCCGCCGCAUUUCCAAAGCUCUCGACGACCUCAUCGAGCUGAUAAUUCGCGACUUUGUCAGUUCGUGGUACUCCAACAUCAGCAAGAACCCCGUCUUCUCCAACCAAGUCGACAAAGCCGUACGCGACGCCCUUAUCGGUAUCCGGGAGCGACUUUUGGAGCUCGACCUCGUGGACAUCGUUACUACACGAGUUGUUCCGAUGUUGACGGCACAUUUUCGAGACUUUUACGAGGCCGAACGAGCUGUGCGGGGGAAGAAGCUGAAUCGGUCCGUAACGGAAUCCGAGGAGCUGGAUCUUGCAAUCGCCUCCAAAUACAAAGACGGGAAACUUCAUCCCGCUGCGUCAUUGUCGUUUCCCGACACGAAACUCGUGCAACAGGAUUACUUGCGGAAAAUGGUCUCCGCGAUCUUGCCAAACGUUCUUCCACCCAGCGUACUUGCUAGCCGGGCCGUAUCUACCAUCAUCCGAGAGAUCGUGGCUUGCGCCGUGCUGUUUCCCGUGAUGCAAAUCCUGGCCGAGCCUGAUACCUGGAACCAAGUGAUGGAGAACUAUGGCCGUUCCAUGCUACAGGACCGAUCAACGGUCCGGAAGCUUAGGGCCGCGUUAGAUCAGCAUGCCUCUCCAACCCCGAGAUCCAGCAAGGCCGCCAUCAUUCCCCGUCUUUCGCCCACUGAUAACGAGAGAAAGUUUGAAAAGUUCAUUCGCGCGAUACGGAAAGUCAACAAUCUCUCCGACGCCAGGAGGCUGCGAAGCGAGGUUGCGAGCCAACUGAAGCGCGAUUCCCUAGAGGAAAAUCAGGAUCAGGUUUAUCUUCGCCGGCUGGAGAUGGGCAAGCGGCUUCUAGACCAACGCGUCCAGCUUCUAGCGGCAGGCGGAAGCCGACAAGCUUCUGCGACCUUGCCUGCUCGUCCAGCCGGUGUUCCCCAGGUAGCUUCGAAGCUCGAGAACGCAUCACUGGUCGACUUGCUUCGAGACGCGUCUGGCCUAUCCUACUUCAUGGAGUUCAUGGACCGUCACCGCAUGAUGCCUCUUGUUCAGUUCUGGCUGGUCGUUGACGGUUUCCGAAACCCUUUGGAGGAUGAGGGCCAAGACGACGAACACUUGCCAUCCAAUCUGCCAAUGUGGACCGAUUCUGAUCGUCUGGAUCUUGCUCAGAUCGAUCACGCAUACCUUGCUAAGGCUGAACUGAGGGUCUCACAAGCCUCUCGAGACGAGGUCCGAGCCUUUCUGGACGCCGGUAAAGCAGCAACCCCUGAGCAAUAUUACAAGGCGCGCAGGGCCAUCCUGAGGGCUCAGGCGGCUGUCUUGGAGAGAAUGCAAGCCCAAUUCUUCCAGGCUUUCAAGAAGUCCGAUCUCUUUUAUAAGUGCUUAGCAGCGCAAGAAGCAUCAGCCAACAUUGCAUCUUCCCCCACCGCAGAGCCGUCUGCCUCGUCGCAAGCACACCCGCCAAUGUAUCGCAAUUCCCAGUCGUACCAGUCCAAGCCCGGCCCUGUCGCCCGCUUGGCGCCUAGGUUAUCACGGCCGCUAUCUAGGCGUGCCGGAUCCGCUUCCGAUUUGGCGAGUCUCAUUGUUAAUGGCAGCGGCGGCUCUGAACCAGUGCCGCGGCAACGACACUCCCUAGAUGAAGAAACGCCGGCACCGCUGUUUGACGAUGAUGAUUUCGAUCAAGAUGGCAUGAUGGACUCCGUCCAAAGUCUUGACCAGGAAACAGGCAAGCUGGUUCCAGAUACCAACGUGGUGCAGGCCAUGGAGGAAGCAUUGAAUAACAUCAUGGAGGACAACCGACCACAGACAGCCGAGGAAUUCCGAGCUUCGCUUUUCGGGCCCGAGGACGCUGUCGAUCGGUCAAGUCUGUUUUCUGGGGACAACGACUCGCAUCGUGGAUCACUUGAGGUGUCAAGACCUGCCGCGCAAUCGUCUAAAGAGGCCGAGAAGCCGAGUCUUGCGUCCCUUGGGCUUGUCAGUGCAGCAUCGCGCAUAGGAGUCUUCGUGGACGACGACUUGUUCGGCGACGAGGAUAAGUACCUCUCUGACGAACGAGACGAUGGGGGCGAAGGGGACAAUGGUGAUGUAGAAGAUGAGGUGCACGAGGCGGCGCCAGGCGACCUUGGACUAGCAGAAGCCAUCACAGCCUUGUCCAAUGACAUUGACCGUCUCAUUGCGCAGGAUGCCAUUGUCGAAUCCCUGACGAAGAAAGCGGAGCUUACCAACAAUACAGCUGAGCUUCGGAUUCUCCGAAAGUCUAAAGCGAGUUUGCAACGCGAAAUUCGUCGAAAAGAACUACAAAGGCAGCAAUAUGUCGUGCAGGAGAGCGACAAUAGCCUGUAUGGCCGAUCUUCAAUCAAGAUCAAGGCUAUUCAGGUGGGGCGAGAAGACGACGGCAGAGAGUUUGCCUUGUACGUGGUCGAGGUACAAAGAGAUGCCGGCGAAAAGAUGCCGGCAGCAACAUGGAUGAUCACUCGCCGGUAUAGCGAGUUCCACGAGUUGCACCAGAAGCUUCGUUCAAGGUAUCCUUCGGUUCGCAACCUCGACUUCCCCCGCAGAAGAAUGGUCAUGAAAUUCCAGAGCGAGUUUCUCCGCAAGCGACGGACAGCUCUUGAGCAAUAUCUACGCGAGCUUCUGAUGCUACCCGAAGUCUGCAGGAGCCGGGAUCUGCGAGCGUUCUUGUCGCAAAGCGCGAUUGCGCAGGGCACGGACAUAGUCGACCGCGAAGACAAGAAGGAUAUGAUCACAAGGCUGUACGACUCUGUGACGGACGGCGUAGAAGAUAUCCUGGGCAACAUACCCGUUUUGGAUCAACUGUCACUAGCUGGACAAAACCUCAUCGCGGCCGCCACAAACCAGCUCAACGCCGUACCACUGCCUGUCAACGAAGACGGCGUUAGCGCUGCCGAGGCUGAGGCCGAGUUGAAUGCGUUCGAGAACAAGGAACUGGAGUCUUUCAUCAAGCCGAUUUGCGACAUUUUUCUGGAGGUCUUCGAACUCAACCGCGGAAACAACUGGCUUCGUGGGCGUGCCGUUGUAGUUGUCCUGCAACAAUUACUUGGCGGCACGAUCGAGCGCAAAGUUCGGGAUAACGUCAAGGUGUUGGUCCAGGAGGAUGCCAUUCUUAAGUACAUUGCCCUCCUCAAAGCCAGCAUGUGGCCCGGUGGUGAGAUGGAUAAGAACAAGCAGCCGCGGACGGCAUCGGAAAAGAAGAAGACGAGAACGGAAGCCAGUCUAAUGCUGGCAACUCUCGUGCCAGACCUAGCCGGGAGUGUGGUUGGCAGAGUGAACGCCCAGGCUGCCAGCCGGCGUGUAUUUGCAACAUUUAACAACUCGAGGCUCAAGUAA